UCUUUCUCUCUCGCUCCCCCAUCUCUGAUUAGAUAUACUGAUUCCUCCUUUCAAUGGACGUCAUUUAAGCACAGACUCCUGCCUUGAGUUGCGUCCUCCACUUCACGCCAGAUUUCCGACUAUUCUUCCUUUAUUAUUAAGUGUUGCUGUAAUAUUAACAGUCAUGAUUGCGUUCCACUAGGAGUCCAGGAGGGACGACGAAGAAGCGACUCUAUUUUUUUUUUUUCUCCUGCUAAUAUGAGCUCAAGCGAGGGGGACGGUAUAGCACUGUGAUAGAAGCCGGAGUAACUUGCAGAUCCAGCAGCACCGAAUAAUAUCUGCAUUUUAUUUAGGCGCAAAUGACGGCCGGCUCGGAUCUUACCACACCUUUCUGAUGGAUUAUCGUCUUGCUUUCGAGGCGCAUUUCUGAUCCUGCGGGGAGAGAAGACUCUUUUCUGGGGGGCCUAUAUAAUUUUUCCCCUUUUUCGCCCCCCUCCUCUCUCCUCUUUAAACACUAAGAGUGUUUUUUUAAAACAGAUUUUUCUUUUGCCAAAUCGCACCAAAAAUCCUUAAAGAUGUUAGUGCACAGUUUUUCCGCGAUGGACCGCCACGAUGGUACCAGCAACGGGACAGCCAGGCUACCUCAGCUGGGCGGCGUGGGUCAGAGUCCCUACACAAGCGCCCCUCCGCUCUCCCACACACCGAACUCGGACUUCCAACCCCCGUACUUCCCUCCGCCUUACCAGCCCAUCUACCCACAGUCUCAGGACCCGUACUCACACGUCAACGACCCGUACUCCCUGAACUCUCUGCACGCCCAGCAGCAGUCGCAGCACCCGGGCUGGCCGGGCCAGAGGCAGAGCCAGGAGAGCGGCCUGCUGCACCAGCACCGCAGCCUGCCCCACCAGCUGUGCCGGGAGUACCGCAGGGAGGUUCUCCUACCGUCCGGCCACGGCAUCGAUACGGGAUUGUCGGACUCUAUUCCCAUCCAUGGAAUACCUCACCCUUUAGACGACGUUCAGCCUGUUGAGGAUCAAGGAAUACAUAUUCCCGACCAGACUGUAAUUAAAAAAGGUCCAGUUUCUUUAUCCAAGAACAACAGCGUCUCCGCCAUCCCUGUAAAUAAGGACGGUCUUUUUGGAGGAGUGGUCAACCCGAACGAGGUGUUCUGCUCGGUUCCGGGUCGCCUGUCCCUCCUCAGCUCCACUUCAAAGUACAAGGUCACGGUGGCUGAGGUGCAGAGACGCCUCUCGCCGCCCGAGUGCCUCAACGCCUCUCUGCUGGGAGGGGUGCUGAGAAGGGCCAAGUCUAAGAACGGGGGUAGAUCUCUAAGGGAGAAGUUGGAUAAAAUCGGUUUGAAUCUACCUGCUGGAAGACGCAAGGCAGCCAACGUCACCUUACUGACGUCACUAGUUGAAGGCGAAGCGGUGCAUCUUGCCAGGGACUUUGGUUAUGUGUGCGAGACCGAGUUUCCAGCCAAGGCAGUAGCGGAAUAUGUAAACCGUCAACAUUCCGACCCAAACGAACAAGUCCAAAGAAAAAACAUGCUGUUGGCCACGAAGCAAGUCUGCAAAGAGUUCACAGACCUGCUGUCCCAGGACCGCUCGCCUCUUGGAAACUCCCGGCCGCAGCCCAUCCUUGAACCAGGAAUUCAAAGCUGUUUGACCCACUUCAGUCUCAUCUCACACGGUUUCGGGACCCCAGCGCUGUGCGCGGCUGUCACGGCCCUCCAGAACUAUCUGACCGAGGCUAUUAAAGCCAUGGACAAAAUGUACCUCAACAACAACCCCAACAGUCACUCAGAUAACGGCACUAAAGGCGGGGACAAAGAUGAGAAGCACAGAAAGUGACGUUUCCUCCUCGACCAGUGGGGGGGCAACAUGCCAGGGGCGCUUCUUCUGCACCGACCCAUACAGCAUCCCCUCGCCCCCUAUACCCACCCGAUAUAAAUAUUAUAAAUAUCUUAUAAAUAUUAUUGAUAAAGUUAAACGUGCCACUUCCUGAUCUGAUCUUGCGCCGUUUUUUACAUGUUUUCUGUUUUCACGCUCACUUUGGAUUCAAACGGGAAGCGACGCAAAGAAUCUUCCUCUUCUUCCAACACCUGAACGAUAUUAAAAGGGUUAUUUAAAAAAAAAAGAAAGAAAAAAAGAAUGAAAGAAAGAAAAAAACGAAAAGAAGAUGCAGAGAAAUCGCUCCAGGGCGAAGGGGAAAGGUGCACUGCCUCACCCAGAAGACUUUUUAUGUACCCCCCCCCCUUUCUCCACCCUCCUGUUUUUUUAUGAGCUGCAACGAAUGGACUGAAAUCCAGCGACCCCCUUCUCUAUAUCUCACUUUUACGAUUGUGACAAGAGAGGAAAAAAAAAAUAAAAUAACGAAGCUAAAAGAGGAUGAAUUCUUAUCAGUAUUGUGAAUAAUAAACUUGAAAAAGCAAAGAGAAAUUUCACAGCUCUCCAUGUCAUGACUUCAUUUGUAGACUCCCCCCUUCUCUUUCUCUUCUCUUUCUCCGAACGACCAACUUGAACUUUUUUUUUUUUUUUUUUUUUUUUUGAAUUUAAACACGAUUCACGGUUAUAUAAGGGAAUCCGUGUUCAUGUAUGUAUAUAUUUAUUUAUGUGUAAUUUAAUGGGAAUUGUAAAUAUGGUGCGUCUGUUGAAACUUCUUUUUUUUAUUUAUCUGGUGCCUCCUGUUUUAGUGGGUUUUGAAUAUUCGGUUAGUUCUUCAUGUGAAUUUAUGGUUCUAGAAAGCAGAAGUUUUUGGGGUAUUUUUUUUUUAAUUAUUAUUAUUUUAUUUCUCUGGGAUAUUUCGAUUCAGCCCUCUUGUAGCAUGCUGAGGUGACACUGAAGCAAGUGAACAAAUUUUAAUAGAAAUAAACUUCAAAUUUCUCUCAAUAUAUAUCAACUUAUUCAGUUUUUUUUUAUUAUCAUUUGACCCCGAGGUAAUUUUGUUUAUUUUGUGUGUCUAAUUUGCGUUAAUAGACAAGCUUCUAUGUGUUGUGCCAAUCAGAAUAAGUUUCACCUCUUGUUCUCUUCUUGAAGCACCAUAAAAGCAAUAAAUUGAAUAUUGUCGUCCCCCCCUCCACCCCAGUGUCCGAAAAGACAUUCAGAGAAUUUUAUUUUCUUUUUUCUUCAUUUUUUUUUUUAUUUGGAACCACCUGCUAUCUUGUUAUAUGUCCGAUUAUGUCCAAAACUGGAGGCGGUUUUAGCUGUAUUGUAUAGACAUGUGCUGGCAAUAGUUCCUAUGCCUGUCAAUGUAUUAUAGUCCUUUGUUGCCCAGAAAAAAAUAAAUAUUUGAUACGCUUCA